AUGGACCGCUCGAAAUGGCCGGGUUCGCUGGCGCCAUCCGGCUGCGUGUACAACACGCAUGGAGCGGAGCAAAGCAUGGACGGGUCGCCAACGACCUGCCUCAAAGAGCAGCGGGGGGCGUUCCAUCCUGUGCUCCACCAACCAGGCAGGGCCAAGAUGCAACGGAGAGGAAAGCUUCAGAUCAACGAGAAGACGAACUGCGCGGACUGCGGUGCGAGAAAGCUUGAUGCGGCUGCCAUUAUAAGAUUGCGGGAGCGAAAGGAGGAUGAAAAGAAUAAGGAAAAACGAGUACUGCGAGGCCCUUCUUUUCGCACAUCAUCAAUCUCAUGA